AUGCCUUCAUUAAAGACGACGGCUCUUGCCCUGCUCGCGGCCACCGCCACCGCCAUGCCUGCCACCAUCCGCCUCAGCUCGCGCCAGAUGCAGUACCACGCGCUCACCAAGCGCCAGCAGGAGAAUGCGCAGCAGUCUGGCCUGAGCGACUUUGAUAUUUUGCAAUUCGCCCUCACCCUCGAGAACCUCGAAGAGACCUUUUACCGCCAAGGCUUCGCCAAGUUCCCCGAGUCCGACUUUGCCGCGCUCGGCCUCGACAAGCAGCAGAUCACCGACCUGCAGCAGAUUGGCAAGACCGAGGCCGAGCACGUCGGCCUCCUCCAGUCCUCCCUCGCCCAGGGCGGCGUCAAGCCCGUGCAGCCGUGCGAGUACGAGUUUGGCUUCACCAACGCCGCCGGCAUGGUGCAGACGGCCGCCGUCCUCGAGAACAUUGGCGUCUCGGCGUACCUCGCCGCCGCGCCGCUCCUCUCCGACAAGGCCAUCCUCAGCACCGCCGGCUCCAUCCUCACCGUCGAGGCCCGCCAUCAGUCCUCCAUCCGCGUCUUCUCCAAGCAGGUCGCCGUCCCGCAGGCCUUUGACGCGCCCCUCGGCCCCCGCGCCGUCUUCUCCCUCGCCGCGCCCUUCAUCAAGUCCUGCCCCGAGGGCUCCAACCUCAAGAUCGAGGCCUUCCCCAAGCUGGCCAUGAUGGCCGGCGCCAGCGGCGGCAACGGCACGAGCAGCGGCGCGCUGGCUGUCGGCUCCAACUUCAAGGUCCAGGCCGACGGCAACACCGGGUCAGAGGCCACCAACUGCGCCUUCACCUCCGGGGGCGUGUUUCCCGGCGGCACGGCCUUUUCCAACUUUACGCAGGCAGAGGGCUGCCAGGUGCCGCAGGGCGUGGCGGGCAUCACGUACGUGACGCUGACCAAGAGCGCGCCGCUGACCGGGGUCCUGACGGACGACAUGAUUGUUGCUGGGCCCAUGGCUGUGGCGAUUUCUUAA